UCGGGUUAAAUCGGUACCAGGUUCAGUUUAGAUCGGGUUAGAUUCGGAUUCGGAUUAAGUUCUGGUCGGUUACAGAUCAAAUUUGGGUCCUGAAUUUCCCGGGUCAAAUCGGAUCAGUUACAGUUUGAAACAGAUAAUUUUUUUCAGACCAGUUCGGUUUUAACACCUCUAUAUAUGUACUUUGUAUAUAUGUAGUUUACUAGUUUUCUAACUAGUGUUUCUAGUAUCUGAAGUACGUUGUACCGAACACACAGUUCGGUGGAUAAACUACAUAUGGCAGGCUGGCAAUGAUACUAAUUCCACGAACAACACUUUCAAAGUCUCAAUCAAUUGACUUAGUCAAUAUUGCCUCACUUCAUCCAAUUAUGUAAAUAAACACUUCUCUCUUACUGAAAAUCUGCGAACGACAAAGCUCACCUAAAUAUCUGUGAACUUUCAAAAUUCAUGUCGAUGGCAACCGAGAAGAGUAUAAGGAGCUCACGGGACAUGAUCAAGUUCUUUCAUUCUUCUACUACUGGGAUUGCUGUGGCAUCAGUCACAUUCAUGAUUCUUUUACUUUUACUUCCUAUAGCUUCGGCAAAUCCCUCAGAUGAUUUACAACACCCUCGAUUUUCUGUAGGCCGACAUCUUCUUCAAGCUACAAAAGAUUGCCCACUAGAUGUUCAGCACUGGAACUACACGAUCAUAACAAGCAGAUGCAAAGGACCCAAAUAUCCAGCCAACAUAUGUUGUGGGGCUUUCAAGGAAUUGGCAUGCCCUUACACUCCAACCCUAAACGACGUUACCAACAAUUGUGCAACCACCUUAUUUAGUUACAUCAAUCUCUAUGGAAAAUACCCACCUGGCCUUUUUGCCAACGUUUGCCGUGACAGUAAGCGUGGCCUUGAGUGCACUGAUGCCCAGAUGUCCAUGUCCAUGUCCAAGUCCUCUUGCAGCACUGCCACAAUAAGUAUCUUCUUUCUUUCAAUUUUCUACUGGAUGCUCCUAUGAUUCUUGGUUCUUUUUUCUUUGACUUUGUAGUUAAUUUUCUUCCAAUCUAUAACCUUGAUAUGUAAUAUUAUGUAUACUAAUACAGUAACCAACUGGCAAAGACCAAAGUAUCAAUAGUACAACAAUUUAUACCAUGUGCCUUGUAUGGUACAACCAAGCCUAUUCUUGCUUAUUUACUCAUUUGGAAUUCUUGAAAUUGAGCAAAUGAGCCAGGAAAUAGCAAUUAAUAAUGUAGUACUCAACAUUUAUUGUACAUGAACUGCAUGCACGCUAAUAAAGCUACAAAAUUCAAUGUCUUGA